AUCUAAGCAUAUGCACUUUUUAAUAUAUAUAUGCAGAAUUGUUACCAAUCCUGAUUCCAAUCUACAAAAUCAGAAUGACAUUUCCAGGGAAAUAUUUUGCUCUCUUCCCCGCCAUUGUCUUCAUUUCCCUGUCAUCAGAAAAAUUGUUCGCGGGGGCAUGUACAUUCUACGUAAGUAACAAGUGCCCCUUUCCAAUCUGGCCGGCGACGGCGUCCAACGUCGGACAUCCGGUGGUGGCCGACGGCGGCUUCCACCUUCCUCCGGGCCGAGCCCGGAGAUUCCAGGCGCCGGCGGACUGGUCAGGCCGAAUAUGGGCACGCACGGGAUGCGAUUUCACCUCGACAAACCACAAGCCCGCCUGCGAAACCGGCGAUUGCGACGGCCGGCUCGAGUGCAACGGUGCCACCGGCCUCCCGCCGGCGACGUUGGUCGAAUUCACCCUCCAGGCCGACAGGCGGAAGCCGAGCUUCUACGACGUCAGCCUUGUGGAUGGCUACAACCUUCCUGUCCAGGUGGAGACAACGGCGGCAGCGGGAGACAGGGGGUGCCGCAUCGGGGGCUGCCGGAAGGACCUGAAGAGCACGUGCCCGCCGGAGCUCCGGGUGGUGAACCGGCGGGGGGAAGUGGUGGCGUGCCGGAGCGCGUGCUUGGCGUUCGAUCACGAUGCGUUUUGUUGUCGGAAUGCGUACGGCAGCCCCGACACGUGUCGGCCGAGCGUGUAUUCGAAGGUGUUUAAGGAUGCCUGCCCGUCUUAUUUCAGCUACGCUUUCGACGAACCGCCGCCGCUGGUUAGCUGCGCGGCGGAUGAGUAUGUCGUCACUUUCUGUCCGCAGAGAUGGGGCGACGGUGUUCGUAUGUCUGAUUAGAUUAAAUUUAAUUGAUGCCUAAAUAAUUUGAGUUAGUUUAAUUAUCUAUUUAUUUAUUUAUCCUUGGAGCAUCGAUCAAUAAAAGACAAUAAGUCACUCGUGAACUUA